AUGGGUAUAUGUAAAUCUACUCAUAUUUAAAACCAAGAGGAUUUGAAAAUUUUAUAAGCUCCUAUACUUUAUGUUAAGAAAUCUCCUGUGUUGGGAAUACAUAGAAUAUAUAUAGACAAUCUUCCUUAAUUGAAUGAGUUUAGUCAUAUGGAUAAUUAGAUUAGAAGAGCUUCAUAUAGAUAUAAUGAGAAUGUAAUUUAUAAUGGAUAGUGGAUUGGAAAUAAAAGAAAUGGAGUGGGUAGAUUAGAAUGGAAAGGUAUAUGAUAUAGUUAAUUAGAUGGAACUUAUUAUGAAGGUAACUGGAGGGAUGAUAAAUUAGAUGGAAAUGGAAAAUUUGUGAGUAAUAAUUUUGUGAUAGAAGGUUAAUGGAAGAAAAAUAAAUUGAAUGGUUAUGGAAUUUAUAAGGUUGAUGAUCUCUAUAAGUAUGAAGGUUAUUGGUGUGAAGAUUAUAAACUUGGAAUUGGGAAAGAAUAUUAUGAUGAUGAUAGUUAAUAUAUAGGGAAUUUCGAUCAAAACGUAAAAUCGGGUAUGGGAAUAUAUAUUUGGGAUGAUGGAAGCAAAUAUGAAGGGAUGUUUAAAUAAGAUAGUUUUAAUGGUGUAGGAGAAUUGAAAUGGGCAAAUGGAAGUUGGUAUAAAGGUGAAUUUAUGAAUAAUUAUUUACAUGGACAAGGAUAUUAUCAAUGGAAUGAUGGUAGAAGAUAUGAAGGAAAUUAUGUGUAUGAUUAUAAAAAUGGAUAUGGAAAAUAUUUCUGGGAAGAUAAUUAAAAAUAUGAAGGUUAUUGGAAGAAUGACAAAUGGAAUGGUCAUGGAAUAUUAAAUAAAUCAGGUUGUGUCAUAGAAGGAGAUUGGAUUCAAGGUAAAUUGUAAAUUAUUAAAUGA